CUAUCGACCACACGGGGUCCUCAUUUUCAAAACAAACAAAAUGGCGGCACACUUGAGAUGGGGUCUUCACCAGUUGUUACGAGCAAGAAAUACGGCUCACUUUAGGUUUCCAGACAAGACCAGGAGCUCCUACCACUCACAGUGCACGACCCAGAGCUCCAGAAAAGUUCAGACUCAGCUUGGGAGAGGAACCACACACUUCUCAAUAAGACACCUGUCCAUCCAGACUCAAGACACUCCAAACCCCAGAAGCUUGAAGUUUCUCCCUGGUAAACCUGUCCUAGGAAGUGGGACAAUUGACUUUCCCUCUCCAAGCUCAGCUGAAUGUUCAUCUUUAGCCAGGGUCUUGUUUGAAAUCGAAGGAGUAAAAAGUGUGUUCUUUGGACCUGACUUCAUCACAGUCACUAAAACAGAUGAAGAUGUGGAAUGGACAGACAUAAAGCGCCAUGCUUUGGACGCCAUUGCUAAGUUCUUUGAGAGUGGUGACCCGAUAACAACAGGGGCAGUUCACAAUGAAAGCAGUCUCUCUGAAGAUGAUGAUGAUAUUGUAUCCAUGAUAAAGGAGCUUCUGGACACAAGAAUCAGGCCUACAGUGCAGGAGGACGGAGGUGAUGUAAUUUAUAAGGGUUUUGAGGACGGUACAGUCAAGCUGAAGCUGGUCGGUUCCUGCACAGGGUGUCCUAGCUCUACAGUCACCCUGAGGAAUGGGAUUCAGAACAUGCUGCAGUUUUAUAUCCCAGAAGUAGACAAUGUGGAACAGGUGGAAGAUGAAGUGGAUGAAGUCAAUGCAAAGGUUUUCUCAGAGCUGGAACGUAAAUUACAAGAAUAAAAACUUCCUCGACCAACACACUCAUGAACUUUGUUAGAAGAAACAUGUUUCACUGUGUAAAAACACAGCCGUGCAUUGCUUCCACUAAUUUUCAUUAUAAGAGAGAAUGAAGAGACAAAUUAUUUCCUGCUAUUUUGUGUGCAUAUACUGUUUAGAGUUCAAACUGUAAUUUACUGUAUGCCCCUGUUACCAAGGAAAGAAGAUAUGCUGUAUACCUGUAUGCAGAAGAUGCAGUCAUUUUUGUAUCCAAACAAAAAUGGACUGCUGUGAUCGGUGUAAAUGUUUUGUUGUAUUUAUUUCUUAAAGAUACUGUAUAUUUUGAAAUAAUAUUUUCAUAGGAUGGAGAGUUUUUGGUUCUGGUCAUUCAGAAUGGAGAUUUGAUAAGGUGUUACAGUUGUUCUCAUCAUAUUCUAAAGGAAAGAGAACUUAAGAGUUUUUUUCUUGUUAAUGCAUUACCAAUAAUUGAAAUAAAGUGUUAUCAAGUCUGCAGUUAUUCAUCAUGCAGAAGUAAGUUUUGCAUCCUAAAAGAUCUGUAUGCUAUUUAUGUGCUUUGUGCUCCACUCACAAGAUUUACUGUAUCACAUUAAACAAAGUUAACAGUAUGAAAGCAAA